AGGCAAAGUAAACAGAAAAAAGUCAAAAACAUCCCACUCCCCUUCCCUUCUUCUUCUUCAUCCCAUUCACUCAAACCAACAAACAAACUUAUGGCGAGCUUUUUCCGCGCUCGGCGCGUAGGCUACACCGCCGCACUCUCCGUCGCGCUCGGCGGUUCCUACGUCACCCUCCGUCAUCCAUACGCAUCCUCCAACGACCGUAACAUCGGCGGUUCAGCCCUAGACACAGUCCAUAAGAAGAUCACCGAUCCGGCUGCGGUUAUUCCAUCGCGUGCGUCACAACAAUCGUCUCUAAUCGCUGCAAAUUCUUCGAAUCCGCUCGACAUUCUUGUUGUUGGCGGUGGAGCCACCGGAUGUGGCGUUGCUCUUGACGCUGUUACUAGAGGCCUUAGGGUUGGUCUGGUGGAACGGGAUGAUUUUUCUUCUGGAACGUCGUCUAGAUCUACGAAGUUGAUUCAUGGAGGUGUUCGCUACUUGGAAAAAGCCGUGUUCAAUCUAGAUUACGGGCAACUAAAGCUAGUUUUUCAUGCACUAGAGGAACGCAAACAGGUUAUCGAUAACGCACCACACCUCUGUCAUGCUUUACCCUGCAUGACACCAUGUUUUAGCUGGUUUGAGGCAGUAUACUAUUGGGUGGGCUUAAAAAUGUAUGAUCUAGUGGCAGGAAAACAUUUACUUCACUUAUCUAGAUAUUACUCUGCACAAGAGUCCGCCGAACUCUUCCCUACAUUAGCAAGAAAAGGCAAAGAUAGAAGUUUAAAGGGAACAGUAGUAUAUUAUGAUGGACAAAUGAAUGAUUCGCGGGUUAACGUUGGAUUAGCAUGUACUGCUGCAUUAGCAGGCGCUUCUGUUCUUAAUCAUGCUGAAGUUGUAUCCUUUAUUAAGGAAGAUGGCGGGGAACAGAUAAUAGGUGCUCGUAUUCGGGACAACUUAUCAGGCACAGAGUUCGAUGCAUACGCAAAAGUGGUGGUUAAUGCAGGUGGACCAUUUUGUGACUCUGUUCGAAAACUGGCUGAUAAAGACGCAAAACCGAUGAUCUGUCCGAGUAGCGGUGUGCACAUUGUGUUGCCUGACUAUUAUUCUCCGGAGGGAAUGGGUCUAAUCGUUCCGAAAACGAAAGACGGACGUGUUGUGUUCAUGCUCCCAUGGUUAGGAAGAACAGUUGCUGGUACAACCGACUCCAAUACCAGCAUUACCAUGCUUCCCGAACCUCAUGAGGAUGAAAUCGAAUUUAUACUUGAUGCCAUAUGUGAUUAUCUCAAUGUUAAGGUACGGCGCACAGAUGUCCUGUCUGCUUGGAGUGGUAUUCGGCCAUUGGCGGUAGAUCCAAACGCAAAGAAUACAGAGAGUAUUUCACGAGAUCAUGUUGUGUGUGAAGAUGUUCCCGGAUUGGUCACUAUUACUGGUGGAAAGUGGACCACAUAUCGAGGCAUGGCUGAAGAUGCAGUUGAUGCAGCUAUCAAAUCUGGUAAACUGAACCCGAAAAACAAGUGUUUGACAUCGAAUGUACAUCUAGUGGGCGGAGAUGGAUGGGAUCCUGCGUAUUUUACGGUGCUUUCCCAAGAAUAUGUGCGGAUGAAGGUGUCGCAUACAGGAAAAGUUGUUCCUGGAGUCAUGGAUACUGCUGUUGCUAAACAUUUGUCGCAUUCUUAUGGUACCAUGGCUGAAAAAGUAGCUGCCAUAGCUCAGAAUGAAAAUCUUGGCAAGCGGCUUGCUCAUGGGUACCCGUACCUUGAAGCUGAGGUGGCGUACUGUGCUCGAAAUGAAUAUUGUGAAUCUGCGACAGAUUUUAUUGCUAGGAGAUCCCGACUUGCUUUUCUCGAUACUGAUGCAGCGGGCCGAGCAGUGCCACGUGUCAUACAGAUACUGGCUUCCGAACAUCAAUGGGACAAGGGAAGGCAGAAGCAAGAGUUGGAGUCAGCAACAAAGUUUCUAGAAUCUUUUAAGUCAUCGAAGAAUGCUCAAUUUCAUGAUGGGAAGCAUACAUAGUCAGAUCUUUCAAUAUUCAUUCGGCCACUCCUGGGUAUUAAUAAGUUCACCCCAUGGAGCUGGAAAUUCAGUUUUUUAUUCAGCUGGAUGCUCACCUACCUCUUCAGUUCGGUAUGCAGCCAGUAAUCAUACUUUGUGGUUACGGCUUAUGACUUGUAAGCUCGCCUGAGAAAUGUUCUUUAACAUGUUAUUUAGCCAUACAUGAAUAAUAAUGUUGCACAGUUUCUCUGAGUCAAGGAUAGAAGUACCAUUUUGGAAAAACAAAUUGGAUAAUGUCUUUGUUUUGGGUUGCAAGAACAGGCCAUGAUCAAUUGUACUGGUUUUUGAUGGUUUAUCUUGUUUUUUUU